GCUCAGUUUUUGGGGCAGCAUCAGCCAGCAUUAUUGAUGCAUCAAUGAAGAAUCUCACAUCACCCACAAAACGGAAAAGUAAACCGGCCACAAUUGAGAUGUGCUUGCCAAACUGCAAGGAACCUUCCCCAACCUUGCAAGAAAAGAAGUACAAUAUGUGCAAAAACCUGCAGAACUCCCUUAUUUAUUAUGCAAGAAGCACCAAGAAAAUGCUAAAGAACAUGUUGGAAGAACAACAGAAAUCUCUUGAUUUUAUGUCCAACCAGGUUCUUGAACUAACCAAUAAGGUUCUUCUUUUGAAUGCAGAAGUCUUGAAAAAACAUACAGAUCCCUUUCCACAAAGGCCAUUUCAAACGCAUGGGUUUGACUGCAGUGAUAUUAAGGACACCUUUCACUCGGUUUCUAAAUUUCCAAGUGGGUUGUACAUAAUCCAACCUGAAGGAACGUAUUACCCGUUUGAGGCAUUUUGUGACAUGGACUAUCAAGGAGGAGGAUGGACAGUUAUUCAAAAAAGAAUUGAUGGAUCAGUUGAUUUCCAGAGAAGCUGGAUUGAUUACAUGGAAGGAUUUGGGGAUCUUUCAGGAGAGUUUUGGCUGGGUCUAAAGAAGACAUUCUGCAUCCUUAAUCAGAAGAACACAAGCUUCAUGCUGAGCAUUGCUUUGGAGGCUGAAGAUGGCACACUGGCUUAUGCCUCGUACGAUAGCUUCUGGCUUGAAGAUGAAAGCAAUCAGUUUAUAAUGCAUGUUGGACGCUAUUCUGGAACUGCAGGUGAUGCACUUAGAGGCUUCAAGAAAGAAGACAACCAGAAUGCUAUGCCCUUCAGCACCUUUGAUGCAGACAAUGAUAGAUGUAACCCGUCUUGUACGGUUAAUGGCAAGUCUAUAAACAGUUGCAGUCUACUCAACAACCGGAGUGGUUGGUGGUUUAGCCAGUGUGGUUUGGCCAACCUGAAUGGAGUUCACAAAGUUACAAGGCUUGUGGAUAUCUCUGGCAUACACUGGAACACGUGGAAAGAAGACAAGGAAAAUGUCAAAAUUAAAUCAGUUUCUAUGAAAAUUAAAAGAACAUAUAAUCCUUAUUUCCAGUGAUUUUGUUGCACUGAAAAGUAGAACUGUAGCUAAGUGCGUUGACCAGUUAUUAAAGCUUUUACAUAUAUUUAAAUGGCAUAUUUAUGUUGAUUGAAUUAAAUAACG